UGCGGUGCGCAGGAUCGCAGGUGGUAGUGCGCCGGCCCGCCCACGCCACGCUUCGCCGCUCUCCGCUGCGUGUGUCCGCCCCGUGCUGCGCCGUGCGGAACGACGGCCGCGCCUGAGAUCCUCCUGGGCAGUGGCGGCCACUUCGGCAGAACGGAGGGAAUGCUGUUGGGCGCGUGGAGCGGCUUGUUGGUGGCGCUCCUGGCGGCCUCACACGGUAACGGGGCGUGCCAGUUCCCGGGAGGGUGGACGGGUCGCUGGUUCCAGUCGGGUGUGCCGAACCUCAUCACCGUCAACGCGUCCGUGCUCGAGACCAAGGGCCGCUGCGUGGACACCGACGGCGUCGACAAGUUCCUCGUUGAAGACAGGAGCGACCGGUGCUACCGCUGUAUGGUCAUAGCAGAGCGCCACCCCAACGUGCUGCAGUACAAAGAGACGUACUGCGACCGGCGCGACACGCUGGCCAACCUGUGCGAGAAGAUCACGGGCGACGCGGCGCUGUUCUCCAUGUUCCGCGUGGCCGGCGCGCCGGCGCCCUGCCCCUUCGACGGCGGGCCGCCCUUCAGCUUCACGUACAGCCGCGGCGCCGGCGCCGCCGACUGCCGCGUGCCAGAGUCGCGCGCCGAGCCCUGCACCGACGCCUCGCGCCUCCUGCUGCGCUACCAAGCGUGCCCCGACGUGCGCGGCACCGAGAGCGCCGUGGAGGAGCUGGAGUGCCUGGGCUCGUGGCGGGACGGCUCCGUGCGCUACUUCGUGGGCCGGCUGGAGCACCGGCUGGCCCACUCUGACGAGGACCGCUACCGCUGCUUCGUGUACGAGCGCCUCUCCGGGCCCGGCGACGCCGUCUCCUUCAACGUGGCCCAGUCGGGCGACGCCACCUGCUCCGGGCUGCUGUCCGCCAGUGAGGGCUCCCGCACAAUGCGCCUCACCAACACAGGUGGUGACCGGGGCGCGUGGACGAGCCGGUGCGAGUUCCCGGUGUGGGUGACGGAGCAGCCGCAGUGGCUGAGCCUCGACCACGCGCGCUCCUACCGCUUCUCGGCGCGCAACGGCACGCUGCGAGUCUGGAGCGGCGAAGCGCUCGAGAAGCGACUCGUGUGCCACGCGCUGCCACCCGCACCCCACCUCCAGUUUCUUUCCACAGGCAUAGGAAUCUGCUCGAAGGACGGCAGCUGCGGCAGUAACUACGCCAGUUCCAAAAAAGAAUUUGCUGUUUGA